AUACCAGCAAGAUGCACUUAUUAAACCGUCAUUCCCAAAGUCCAUUCAGUAUAUUUUUGGAUGUGGAUAUCACUCCUCUCAGUAAAACGCCAUCUAUAGCUGUUUUGAGAUUCUGCUUCAUUUCCUCCCCAUGGUUCGCAAGAAGCUUGCAAUGAAGCCGAUUGAAAACUCAAUAUCUCUUCAAACAACAUUUGCAAAGCACAAGGAUGUAAUUGUUAAGAAGGCCAGAGAACUAUCAGUUCUGUGUGACACAGAUGUUGGCCUAAUAUUAUUUUCACCUGCUGGCCAUUUAACUAGUUUUGCUAGCAAUGGAAGUGUUGAGGAUAUCUUCCUCUGUUUUGUUGACCGUCCUCAUGACCUGAAAGGAGGACAUACUAGAAAUGAAGAGAACUUGUCUCGAAGGCUCAAGCAUUUGAAGUAUGAAAGACAAAUUCUCGAAAAAGUUGCUAAUAUUGAGGCUCUUGAAGAUAAACUCGAUAAACUCAAUCAACGACAUCAUGGGGCCCUGGAAAAAAUGAGGUGGUAUGAACCCAAUGUGGAGAAAAUAAAUUCUAUUCUUGAAGCUGAAGUCUAUGAGCAGUUUCUUACAACUGCCAUGCAGCAUAUACAACAGUCGAAAGCCAAAUUGCUCGAUAACGAGGUUGGCCCACUUAGAUCUGAAAAUAUUGAGACUAAUAUAGAGGAUGCAGCUUUCAUAACUGAUCACUCUGCUGAUAUGGACCAAAACAGGUGUUCUGUGGGGGUUGAAGGUCAUGCUGGAACAUGCAUUCCAAUGGGUCCCCACCUAAGCCUUAGCUUCAUAAAAUCACAAAAGCCGUGGAAUGCAGUGGGUGGGGAGCUGACUCCCAAGUUGGACGGCUUCUGAAUGGAACAUAUCGUGUCUUAAUCUGUUGCAGCAAACUCUUAAAUAAUAUUUAAACUUGCGUAUGCCGAAACAAAGGCAACAUAUACUUGAAUCUCUAAGAUUUUCUUAUCUAGUUUGAUAAUUAUAAACGUGCUUAAACCUUGGAAACUCAUUGCUUAAAAUGGUUCAGCUACAUAUUUCUAAAGAGACAAUUCUGUGGCCUAUUUACAAUAUUUUGAUGAGCUG